AUGUUGCCAGCACUCACCUCGCGAUGGGCUCCCCAAGCGCUAAGAGCUGCCCGGAUUCAGCCGCGGCAAUUGAAGGCGAGGACGGCGGUCCGGGGAAGCAGGGCUGUCCCUCUGGCUGUGGCCGGGCCUCAAGCGAGGUUCUCCAGUGCCCUUACAUACAGCAUCUCUCAGGGGCCAGAUGAACCUCCCCUCUUGCCUUAUACCAUCCCCGAGCACUUCGCCAGGGUCGUGUCCGAGCAUGGUGACAGGCCAGCAGUCAUCUGCCGCAGCCCAACAACCACCGUCCUCGCCGGCGAGGAGACAAAUUUGAGCUAUGCCGCCCUCGACGCCAACUCCAGCAGCUUGGCUCACUCCCUGAGGUCGCUUGGUGUGAAAAAGGGCGACAGAGUGGCCGUCAAGCUCGGCAAUACGGCCGAGCACGCUGCGCUGACGUAUGCUGUGUUCAAGCUGGGCGCCAUCUUGGUGCCACUCAACCCGACCUUCAACGCCUCGCAGGUCGCCGCCGCCUUGUCGCACCUGGGCGUCGAGGUCUUUGUCGUCGCGGCCGUCACCGACCGUGCCUACAAGCCCUGCCAGGGGCGGAGCAACCUCGACCUCCUCAGGAGCCUGAUCCCGGACCUAUCGUCAGGGCGCGUCGAGAGUCCACUGGUGCCGACACUGAGAAAGGUCGUGGUGGUGGACAAUUCCUCGUCCCAUCCUGCUGUGGACUUCUGUCUGGCCGACUACCCAUCUUUGACCCCUUACGAGACGCUCAGUCCGUCGUCAUCCUCAUCGCUGAGUAGCACCCGCCCUGUCGUGCCCGACUCCCCUCUCCAUGCUCAGGACUGCAUCAACAUCCAAUUCACAUCCGGGACGACAUCUCACCCCAAGGCCGCCAUGCUCACGCACACGGGAAUCCUCAACAACGGACACCUGAUCGCGAGGCGCAUGGGGCUGACCCCGUCCGACCUCAUCGUCUGCCCGCCGCCACUGUUUCACUGCUUCGGAUGCGUGCUUGGCUACAUGGCGACUGCUACUAGUGGCUCGGCUAUCUUAUUUCCAUCACCUGCAUUCGAUCCCCUCGCGAGCCUCAAGAUGGCCGCCGACCACCGCGCCACGGGCCUGUACGGCGUGGCGACCAUGUUCGUGUCGAUGCUCGAGCUGCUUGACAAGAAGUCCCGGCCCCUUGCGCCUGCGGACGCCGACCGGCUGCCCUCGCACCUGCGCAAGGGCAUCGCGGCCGGCUCGUCUGUCCCAGAGUCGCUCAUGCGCAAGCUCUACGACAGGCUGGGCCUGAGCGAGCUCGUGAUCUGCUACGGCAUGACCGAGACGAGCCCGGUCUCGUGUAUGACCGCCCCGGGCGACCCCUUGGACAAGCGGACUGGCACCAUUGGCAAGGUGAUGCCGCACACGCGCAUCAAGAUUGUCGACCCGGCGGACAGGAGCAAGAUCGUCCCGAUUGGCGAGCGAGGCGAGUUGGCUACGAGUGGAUAUCUCGUCAUGCAAGGGUACUGGGGUGACGAGGAGAAGACAAAGGAGGUCCGCAUCCUAGAGCCUGACGUCGAUGUUGGGAUGGCAGGCAGCCCUAAUGCCACAGGGGAGCCAGCGGUAGCACAGAACGGCGACUCGGACUCUGGCGCUGGGGGCCGCUGGUGGAUGUACAGCGGGGACGAGGCGAGCAUGACAGCGGACGGGUACGUGUCGAUAACAGGGCGCAUCAAGGACCUGAUCAUCCGCGGCGGCGAAAACAUCCACCCGCUCGAGAUCGAGAACGCGCUGUUCCAGCACCCACUGAUCGCCGAGGCAUCGGUGGUAGGCGUGCCCGACGCGAAGCACGGCGAGGCCGUCUGCGCCUUCGUCGUGCCGCGCGCCGGCGUCGCCACCGAGGACGACCCCACGUUCGGCGAGGACGGCUUUGCCCGCUCCGAGAGCCAGGGCCUGCCGCUGCUGCGGAAGGAUGACGUCCGCGCGUGGGUGCGCGGGCGCCUGUCGUCUCACCUGGUGCCCAAGUAUGUGUUUUGGACGGACGACUACCCUAAGACGGCGAGUGGGAAGAUCCAGAAGUAUAAGCUGCGGGAUGCGGCGAGGGACCUGAUUCACAUCCACACUGGACCGGGUAGUGUGGAUGAGAAGUAUGAGGCUGUUUUGGAGAAGCAGAUUGGUGGUAAGGGCGAUAGUCGGUCAUCUUGGGAGAGGUAG